AUGACCCAUAAGGUCUUACAGGGCAAUAUAAACCACUGCAGGUCUUCGCAGGAUGUUUUUCUGCAUACGAUGGCGGAGACCUGCAGUGGCCUGGGGAUUAUAGCCGAGCCGUACUGGGUGCCGCCCAAUCACCCGUGCUGGGCGGUCAGCCGGUGCGGUAGAGCUGCGAUAACGUGGCGAGUCACGGACGAGCCUGUCCCUUGCUCUCGUCUGGAGAGCGGGGACGGGUUCGUUGCUGCGAGAUGGGGGCUGGUGGUCGUGGUGGGAGUUUACAUCCCUCCAGCUCGAUCACUGGAUAUCCCAGGUUUCGAGGCAAUCUUGGACAACUUGAGGGAUUGUCUCGUGAGAUACCUGCCUCGCGAAGAGGUUCUGUUGGCCGGGGAUUUCAAUGCAAAAGCAACGUUUUGGGGUUCCCCGGCCACGGACAGGAGAGGAGCUAUUCUCCUUGACUGGGCGGCGGGCCUGGGGCUGGUGUGCGUAAACACCGGCGCGGUGCAGACCUGCGUGCGGCAGACGGGGGGGUCCAUCGUGGACCUCACGUGGGCUUCCCCCCUGUCGCGCGCCGUGUUCGGGAUUGGAGGGUGGCCGUAG